UGUGCACAUCACUCCGGCUGCAAGACCAUGAAGAAGAUCCUGAAGACUUGACGUUGUUCUUUAGACUACGUUCUGUACUUUGUCUUACACACAAGCCCGUCGGGGUCUCUCUUCUUGGGACGAUCGUUGUUCUCGCGCCGUCUCCUGCCAAUCAUGCUGCGACCACGCACGUCUGCCUCGACCAAGUCAAGCAGCUCUCUGCAGCCACCGUCUGCUGAACCGUCCACAUUUAGCGACGGCCUGCCGCUGCCCAAGAUCAUAGUCUUCGACCUGGACUACACGCUGUGGCCGUUCUGGGUAGACACCCACGUGUCGCCUCCGCUCAAAGCCACGGACAACGGCGGCAAGGUGAAGGACAGGUACGGAGAGGCCUUUGGCUUCUACGACGACGUUCCCGGUGUUCUCGCGGGUCUGAGAAGAUUGAACGUCAAAGUGGGCGCUGCCUCACGCACCGAGGCACCGGACCUCGCACGCCAAAUGCUCAAGCUGCUACGUGUACACUCGGCGCCGGCCGCCUCGUCCAGCAGCGGAGGUUCGGAUUCGCACCGCUCAACACAGCAGGCGCCCCUCUCCUUUCGUACGGAGAAAGCCAUCGACCUCUUCGACAAUCUCCAGAUUUACCCGGGGUCCAAGACGCGGCACUUCCAACAGCUGCACGCAGACACGGGGAUCCCCUUCGACGACAUGCUGUUCUUCGACGAUGAGAGUAGAAACAGAGACGUGGAGAGUCUGGGUGUCGUCAUGUGGCUUGUGAAGGAUGGCGUUACCAGGCACGAGAUCGACGAAGGAGUGAGGAGCUGGAGGAAGCGGAACAGGAAGGUAAAGGAUGUGCUAUGAAACGAUUAAAGAGCGGCUCAUGAAGCGACGUGAUACCCAUGACUGAAACCAUUCAUUCAUAGACAACGGAUAUACGUGACUUGUGAUAGGCAAGUUCUAGAAUUAGAAAGGCACACCCGUGAGAUUGAUUUCGAUAUCAAGAGCAGUAUGGUUAAUGACGCUGUACUCUAAAUUACGGUCCGCCACUGCCCUUGAAGUAAGGGUUAGCUCUGUGACAGAGGGUAUAGCUCAAAGAAGACACACCCAACACCAGACUUUUUUGUUAUGUCCGCCCACUCCGGUACAAAAAAAAACGC